AUGUCAUCAUCAGAUCAAUUAUCACAAGAUUUUGCAUUUUUUAUUCGUCAUUCAGCAGAUUAUCGUACAUUAACAAUUCCAGCUAAUCUUGAACGUACAUGUUCAAUUUGUUUAAAUUUAUUAACAACAAUUCCAUCAGCACGUGAAGCUAUUUUUGAUUAUUUUAAUUCAUUAAUUAGUAUUAGUGUACAUUGUUUUAUUCAAAAUGAAUCAUUAAUAACAAGUGUUAGUGAUUUAUUAACAACUAUUGAAACAAAAUUAAUUUCAUUAGCUGUACAAUCAAAUAGUUGGGCAAAUAUUCUCGCUCAAUGGUCAAUCGAUCAAUUAUUUAAUUUAACAAGACGAUAUACUAAUGAAUCAGUUAUUAAAAAAUGUAAAACACUCGAAGAUCGAAUUCAAUUAUGGACACAAUGUCAAGCGGCAAUGACAUUAAUUAAAAUAUGUUCAACAUGUAUUUUACAUGAUACAACAGCAGCAGAUAAUGCAUUGAAUAAAUAUCUUGAAGCAUCAACACUUAUUCGACCUGAAUUUGAUUGGGUUACAGUAUCUUUAAGUUUGCGAUGUGGUCAAACACUUAUAUCACGAUUAAUUCAAUUAAGUUUACAAGAAAAAAACCAAUCACAAAUGUUACAUGGUAUUGAAAGAAUAUUUGCUGUAUGGUCAUCACUUGAAAUUAUUGCAACACAAGAACCACAAAUAUUUCAUCAAGUGUUAAUGGAACAAAUUCAAUUAUUAUUAACAAGUGAUGAUACUCAAAAACAUAUUUCAAUUGUUUCAUUAAUACGAAUGGCAUCAGCUGUUGUUACUGGUCCAUUAUGUGAUAUUGUCUAUUAUUCACUUUAUCGAUCUCUUAAUUCACUUAGUUUACGUCGUUUAUGUUCAUCAAUAAGACAAACAAAAACAAUAGAUAUUGAACAAUUAACUGAUGAAUUUAUAUCUGGUCUUAUACGAAUUCGAACUGAUGCAUUACAAAUAAUUCAAUUUAUACUAAGUUUUAUGCAUGAUGAUACAUCAGCAGAUCAAGAUGAAAUUGAAUUAACAUUACGUGAUUGUUGUAAAUAUAUUUUACAAAAAUUAUGUCAUGAAUGUCAUUAUAAAUUUCGUUUACAAAAAGAUAAUCAAAAACCAAGUAUACCAAUAUUAGCUGCAUUACGUAUUUCAUUUGAUCAUCUUCUUGAUUUAUCAAUUUAUACAAAACAUUCUGAAAAAAUUGAUUUUAUUAAUGAUUUAUGUUUUAAUGUCGCACUUUAUAAUGGAGAUGAGACUAUGCUUAAAUAUCUUCAAUAUAUAUUUACAAGUAAAACUUCACUUGAUAUUCUUCAAGAUAUACAUCUUGAAUUUGAAUAUUAUUAUCCAAAUUGUCUUCAUGAUGUGCUUAAUUUAAUAUUUGAACAAAAUGAUUCAUCAAAACUCUCAAUAUGUCUUGAAAAUCUUUUACAACUAAUUCUUAUUGAUGAACGUCCAUUAUUAAAUAAUCGUUCAAUUCAAUCAACAAUAUGGUCAUUAAUAGAUCAUUUUAGUCGAUUAUUAAAUGAAAAUUCAAUAAAUUCAAAUCUUAUACUUCAAAUAUGUCUUCAAUUAAAAUGCUAUGAAACUCAACCAACAUAUGAACAAAUUUUACAAAUAGCUUGUUCAUUUACAGAUAUACAUAUGAAAAUAAUUGAAGAUAGUGAUAAUAAUUUAAUUGAUAAUUUAAUUCUUUGGCGUGAUGCUCUUUUGAAUUUUAUUCAUUUUAAGAAUCAUGAUUUUCAUCUUUUUAUUAUAAUAACAUUAAUCGAUUUUAUUAUACCAAAAUUAAGUCCUUUUGAUAAACUCGAUGAUGCAAAUAUAAAUCGUCAACCAAUUGAUACAUCUAAUUCACUUCUUGAACAAAAUCUUAGUAUUAAUACAAUUAAUUCAAAUCGUGCAUUAUCACGCUCAUUUAAACGAAAUUUAGUUAAUGAUCGAUUUACUAAAGUUCCAUUUCAAUAUAUCGAACAAUAUACAAUAUUAAUGACAAGUAUUUUUAAUGAACUUAUUUAUAAUGAUAAUACACAAAAACCACAAUUACUUACUUGUUUAGCAACAACCUUAAUUGAUAAUAUUUUACCAGAUUCAAUAACGGAUUUACAAUUUGAUGAUGAUCAAUGUAAAACACCUAAUGAAAGAAAUUUAGCAUUAAUUAAACGUCUUGAUGAACAACCACUUGUAUGGAUAUUACUUGAAAUAAUAACUACAGAUACUAAUACUUUUCAAUUAUGUUUGCCAAUUAUUCGAUGUUUAUUAAGUGCUUUAAUUGUUCAAUGGGAAAAUUUUCGAGGUGAAGAUCGAGCUAAAACUUAUUCAAAACAAUUAACACUUUCAACUAAUUUAAUUAUUUUACUUAAAAAAGCACGUUAUCUUCCAUCACCAUUAAAUGAAAUCUAUGAAUUAUUUCCAUUUAUUACAGCUUAUGAUUGUUUUAUACUUUUAUUAAAUAUAUGGAAUUAUUUAAAACAAAAUCAACAAUUAUUAGCAACAAAAUCACAACAACAAAAUAUUAUGCGUGAUUCAUUACAUUUUGAUCCAAUUAGAUUUGUUAUACAAAAAAAUAUUGCAGAUGUUGGACAUAUAGUUGAACAUUUUCUUCAUUUACAAUUACAAACAACUGUAUCAAUCACAUGA